UGCUGAAUCUGAAGCCCAAUUUCCAGGUGUGAUGAAGCUCAACGGGCAUACUGAAAUUAAAGUAUAUGGGCCCAGAGCCCAACUUGAGCUUCUUUUAGUAGUAGUUUUUUUUUGAGCUUGAGCUUCUUUUAAUUAAUUAAUAGCUGAAGAGAGAGCGAGUGAAUGUAAAAUCAUCUCAGCCAUCUCUCACUCAUCAGUCGUCACAAACCAAAUGCUGCUGUCUGCAUUUCCUCCACAAACUCCACCCCCCGCGGCCCACUCCAAUUACUGUUUUACCCCUAUCGUUGCCCCUAAUUACAACAAAGCCCAGCCCCACUCCCCCUGCGCCUGCCUCGCCACCACCAGCUCCUCCGCCCAGCGCCCGCUCUCCCUCGCGGCCACCGCCUCCACCGCUCUUGGCCAGGUCAGCUUCACAUCCGAAGACGAUGCCUCAUCGCACGCUGAGGACUCCAUGGUGUCGUCGGCGGCCGCCAUCGCGACGGCCAUACGCGACGCCUCCACUUCUCCGGUCGAAUUCGUGCACAGGAUAGAGAAAGGCGCCGACGCCGGCGGAGGCGGCGCUAAGAGUAAAGCUAUGGUGCUGCCGAGUCAAGAUUUUCAGCGGCUUUGCCUCGAGCAGCUCGAUCUCUUCCGCCGCAUCGUCCAUCCAGACGCUCUUCUAUCGGUCUACGUAAGACCAGCUGGUAGUUAUGUCAUGGAUCAAUUGGAGUUGCGGCGAAUUACUCUCAAUCCAUGUGCCAGUGCAGCUGAUAUUGUUGUUCUAGUUGGUACCUUCCGUGUACCAGCAGGACUAAGAGUUGCAGAAGCUGCGAUUUCAAGUCAACAGGCAGAAUUUCUUCCUGAGCUUGGUGCUGUAGUCUUCCCAAUGGUAACACAUCCAUUUGUUGUGGGCUUCUUAGUUGCUGAACUUCCAAAGAUGGCUCUAGACAGAGAAUGGGAUGAUCAAAGUGACUGUACAUACUCUGGGAAAUCUUUUCCAUUGCUGCAGAGCAUGGACUCCCAACCAUUAGAUGUACAAACUUUGAAGGAUCAUUCAGUUGACAAGUUGAAGUUUUCCGCAGAACAAAAAAUAAAUGCCCUACACAUCACCCGUUCGCUUGCCAUGGCUUAUGUCAUGGAUCAGAAAGCCAUGCUGCUGCAGCAAUCAUCAUGGCAAAAUAAUAUCAGGAUGAAUGAUUUGGUGGAGCAGAUUCGAAGUUCUCUUUCAAGCAUUCGGACAUUGAGCAAGAUGUUGUCUGUUCAGUUGAAAAGGAGUGAGAUUUCACAUGAUAUAGUUGAAGACAUUUUAGUGCAAGGCGAUUACAUAAAUGAUACACUUCAGAAGCUACAGGAUGCCGUCUACUUGACAAAGGCUAAUAUACUGCGAUAUAACAAAGGAACACAGAAGCAGAUGCAAGUGCAACAGUCAUCAGACAUGGAAAUGAGUUCUAGGUUAUCUGAUAUGCUAGAAUCUACCGGGAAAUUGUCUCUUAUCUCUGCGUCCAAGGAUUCAGAAUUUCCCAUGCCACCUCUUGCUCUUGCACCUUCACGACUACAGGAAAUUAGACCAUGUGAAGUUUCUGAUGUACUGCAAGAUUUAGUUGGUGCCAUAAGACCUCUAGCGCAUAAUCAACAACGGGUUGUGGAACUAUGUGAUCUUUCAAUGUCAUUGAAGGUUGCGGUCGAGGAACCUGCUUUACGUCAAGCUUUGAGCAAUUUAAUCGAAGGAGCUUUGCUGCGAACAGAGGUUGGGGGAAGAAUUGAAAUUCUCUCUACUGAAGCGCCAGCAGGUGGUGCUCUUAUAAUCAUUGAUGAUGAUGGGCCUGACAUGCAGUAUAUGACACAAAUGCAUUCACUUACACCAUUUGGGAGUGAUCUAUAUAGUGAAGAUAGGAUGGAGGACAACAUGACAUGGAAUUUCAUUGCCGGGUUGACUGUUGCUCGAGAGAUACUGGAAAGCUAUGGCUGUGUUGUACGAGUUCUCUCUCCAAGAAACACCGAUGCAGCCCUUGGAGCAGGCGGAACCCGUCUAGAGAUCUGGCUUCCCUCUUUCCCUGUAUCACCAUCCGGCACAGAUAGCUUUGCUUGCGAGGCUUGAACGAUAUAUAUAUGUAGUUGUAACAUUGAGUUUUAGAAAAUUUUCAUAUUAUUAGCUCUGCCUGUUUCUCUGUAGAUACGACACAUUAUUCAGGCGGUAGCUCCAGCAAGCUCUCCUCAGGAGGGUGAAAGUGUUGUACCAUUCUCUGCUGAUAUAUAAAGUUAAUGAUUAAGAUGCUA